GCCGUCAAUUUGUUUGGACAUGAGAAACUCUGCAACACAAUACUAAAGCUGAAGAAAAUAAUGCAAACUUUCCUUGUUCAUCAGUCAAUUUUUGAUUCGGUUUCUUCUGCAAUCUGCUUACAGAGAUGGUACUAAUGGGGAAUGCCAGUGGUAGAGAGGAAGGAGAAGGCUCUUCUUCUGGAGUAAACAACUUUCAAGAGAAUGAUGAAUCCAUGGCUCACUCACCUCCCCAUAACCCCUACUUCACUUCACAAAAUCUGGGGAACACAUUAACAAGGGCGGAUGAGGCACUUCAGACUCAAACUCAUGUGUUAUUGCAAAAUACAGAAUAUAAUGAUAAUGUACAAAAUCAGAGCUUGAGGCGCAUGAAGAUCUCAUGGACUCAUGGUGGUAGGCAGGUUGCUAUCACUGGAUCAUGGGAUAAUUGGGAGACCAGGGAGCUGCUACAGGAUACAGGUAACGAAUUCAUUGUCAUAAAGUUGCUUCCAUCGGGUCUCUAUCAGUACCGCUUCAUUGUUGAUGGGUGUUGGAGGUGUGCUCCAGACUUGCCUUGGAUCUAUGAUGAUACAGGGACUGCCUACAAUGUUUUAGAUUUGCAGGAGUAUGGUUUGGAAUUGCCUCAGCGCCUGUUAAAGUUCGAAUCUUCGCCAUCCCCACCUUCAAGCUAUGAUAACAAACACUUGAGAGAAGAUGAUUUCAGUAAACCUCCACCAGAAGUACCACCACAACUACAAGUCCCAUUUUUAGACAGGCAAUCCUCCUCUUCAAAUGUUGGCGACGAGCCAUUAUCAAUGCCUUAUUAUUCACAAUUGAACCAUUUGUACAUCCAGAACCAAAUUGGUGGCGAGUCUUUCGCACUCAGUUCUACACAUAGGUUUCGUCAAAAAUUAGUUACAAUGGUGUUAUACAAGCGAUUGAACAGAGAAAAUUCAUAAUUUUUAUAUUCAUUAUGGGAACUAGAAUAUAAUGUGUAGAUUUGUAAUACGAGUAUAUCACUUGGAAUUCAUGUGAUUCAGUAGUUGAAAUGGCAGCUCAUAUAGGUCAAUCUGUAAGAGCAACAUGGUGUGCAAAAUAUACCAUGUGUACUUCAUUUUGGAUAUGAUAUUUACCGUACCCUUCUGUCAUUUCUAUUGAAUUUG